GGCUGUUGAUACCUUUUUUUACUUGCUUAAAAGAAAAGGAUUUUGGGCUCGAAAAAAGAAAAGAGAAUAUAGAAUAACGCUAUAAAAACUCGACUUUUUCCCUUUUUUCUUUACACCAAAUUCUUCAUUUCUAUCUUUUUCAUUAAAAUAAGUUAACAUGAAGGAGCAAGUUAUCGAUAACACGCCGAAAAAAAUUCGGUACAUUCAAUUUGGUGUUCUGUCACCACAAAACAUGGUCAAGAUUGCAGAAUUUGAAAUUACUCAAAGAGAUCUCUAUAUGCCUGAAAGUCGUACUCCUAUCAAGGGUGGUGUUUUGGAUUUGAGACUGGGUACUACCAUGAAAGAUAGCGUGUGUGAGACCUGUGGACAAAAAAUGCAAGAAUGUGCUGGUCAUUGGGGUUACCUUAAGUUGGUUUUACCUAUCUUCCACAUUGGUUUUUUCAGACCUGUCAUCAAUAUUUUGCAAGAAAUUUGUAAAACUUGUAGUCGUGUCAUGUUAGAAGAAACUGAUCGCCGUACGUUUUUAAGAAGAUUAAGAGCACCAGGAUUAGAUAAUUUACAACGUAAUCGAAUUAUUAAGCAAGUCAACGAGAGAUGUAAAAAGGUCACAUAUUGUCCUCAUUGUAAUGCUGUCAAUGGUGUCGUAAAGAAGGUUGGACCCAUGAAAAUCACCCACGACAAAUAUCGUUUAAAGAGAGUCGAUGCCGAAGCUGAGCAAUUCAGAAAAACAUUCGAAGCAGCAGCAUCCUCUAUGCCCGAAAUUAAACCUCAUAUCAGCAAAGCACAAGACGAUUUGAAUCCACUUCGUGUAUUGAGAUUAUUUCAACGUAUUUCACCCGAAGAUUGUGAAUUAUUAGGUUUGAGUGAAGAGCAUGGUAGACCUGAAUGGUACAUUUGGCAAUAUCUUCCCAUCCCUCCUUCUUGUGUUCGUCCUUCUGUUCUUCAAGAUGAUAAUAGUAGUAACGAAGAUGAUCUUACAGCGAAAUUGACUGAAAUUAUCUUCACAAACGCCAUUAUUCGUGCUGGUUUAGAAAGAGGUGUUACUGUUAUGAAUUUGAUGGAACAAUGGGAAUUUUUACAGUUAGCAGCUGCCAUGUAUAUUAACAGUGAACUUCCCGGUGUACCUAAUGCAAAUACUGGUAAGCCUAGUCGUGGUCUCUGUCAACGUUUGAAGGGUAAACAGGGUCGUUUCAGAGGUAAUUUGUCCGGUAAACGUGUUGAUUUCUCUGGUCGUACCGUUAUUUCUCCAGAUCCAAAUAUGCGUAUUGAUCAAGUUGCUGUACCUGAACGUGUUGCCAAAGUACUCACCUUCCCUGAACGAGUCAAUAGACACAAUAUUCACAAGUUACGUCAAAAUGUCAUCAAUGGCCCCUUUGUUCAUCCCGGUGCUAACUUCGUUCAAGGGUCAAAUGGAUUCAAAAAGUUUUUGAAGUUUGGUAACAGACAAGAUAUAGCCGCCGAUUUACAAAUCGGUGAUUUAGUUGAACGUCAUUUAUCCGAUAACGAUGUCGUAUUAUUCAAUCGUCAACCUUCUCUUCACAGACUUUCUAUUAUGGCGCAUUUUGCAAAGGUUAUGCCUUGGAGAACUUUCCGUUUCAAUGAGUGUGUAUGUUCACCUUACAAUGCGGAUUUUGACGGUGAUGAAAUGAAUAUGCAUUUACCUCAAACACAAGAAGCGAAGGCAGAAGCCAUUGAAUUGAUGGGUGUCAAGAACAAUUUGGUUACUCCCCGUAACGGUGAACCCCUUAUUGCCGCUACUCAGGAUUUCAUUACAGCCUCUUACCUCUUGUCUUACAAAGAUACUUUUUAUACCCGUGGUGAGUUUACACAAACUUGUUCCAUGAUGUGUGAUGCAGAUAUGAAAAUCGAUCUCCCCCCUCCUGUUAUUUGGAAGCCUCAACGUCUGUGGACCGGUAAGCAAGUGUUUAAUGUUCUUUUCAGACCCAACAAGGAGAGUAAGGUAUUAUUGAAUGUGGAAGCAAAAACAAAAUCAUUCGUCAAAGAGGAAGGUCGUCUUCCUGAUAUGUGUCCUAAUGACGGUUGGCUCGUUGUCCAAAACAGUGAAAUCAUGUGUGGUCUCGUUGAUAAAGCCGUUGUCGGUGACGGUAACAAAAAUUCCGUCUUCUAUGUAAUUUUGCGUGAUUAUGGACCAAUUGAAGCUGCCAAAUGUAUGAAUCGUUUAGCCAAACUUUGUGCGCGUUGGUUGGCUAACCGUGGUUUCUCCAUUGGUAUCAGUGAUGUUACUCCCGGUGAGCGUUUGAGUAAAAUCAAAUACAAAGAGGUCACUACCGCUUAUGCUAAGUGUGACGAAGUCAUUGCUCAGUAUAAUUCAGGCCAAUUGGAAACAAUGGCUGGUUGUAAUGGAGAAGAGACUAUGGAGUCGCUUGUAUCUGGUAUCCUAUCCGCUGUUCGUGGUGAUCUUGGUAAAGUCUGUAUGGACGAAUUAAACAUGUACAAUUCACCCAGUAUCAUGGCCCGUUGUGGUUCCAAGGGUUCCCAGAUUAACGUAUCUCAAAUGGUUGCUUGUGUCGGUCAACAAAUUAUUAGUGGUAGUCGUAUUCCCAACGGUUUCCAAGAUCGUUCUUUGCCUCAUUUCUUAAAACAUUCCAAAUCUCCUCCUGCUAAGGGUUUCGUCAGAAACAGUUUCUAUACCGGUCUUAGUCCAACCGAGUUUCUUUUCCAUGCUAUUUCAGGUCGUGAAGGUUUGGUCGAUACUGCUGUUAAAACAGCCGAAACUGGUUAUAUGGCUAGACGUUUGAUGAAGGCCUUCGAAGAUUUGACUGCUCAUUACGAUCUUUCUGUUCGUAACUCUGAAGGUGCUAUGCUUCAAUUCUGUUAUGGUGCUGAUGGUUUAGAUCCAAUGACAAUUGAAGGUGAUGGUAUUCCUGUCGAAUUUGCCCGUAAUUUGAGACACGUGAAAGAAAUGACCCCCCCUAAAAAAGAGAGAGGCCUCUUACCCUGGGAAAUCAAUCUUAUGGCUGCCGAAGAAACAAAGAGAGAUGUUUGGACCAAAAAUUGUAUGCAAACUUUCAUUGAUAUGGUGCUUAAAUUUGUUGCCGAUAAAGUGGCUGGUAAAUUAGCUUCUAUCAGAAAAAAGCAUGGCUUGCAAUCCGGUUUAGCUAUCCCUGAUGAAGAUUACAUGGAUAUUGAUAUUGAUGAGGAUGAGGACGAUGUUGUUAAAAAUGUUGUUCGUAACUUAUUCGUAGUUACAGAGCGUCAAUUGCGUGAAUAUCUUGCUGUUUGUAUUUCCAAGUAUCUUAAGGCUAAGAUCGAACCUGGUACUGCCGUUGGUGCUAUUGGUGCUCAAUCUAUUGGUGAACCCGGUACUCAAAUGACAUUGAAGACUUUCCAUUUUGCUGGUGUUGCUAGUAUGAAUAUUACUCUUGGUGUGCCUCGUAUUAAGGAAAUUAUUAAUGCUGCCAAGAUUAUCUCUACCCCUAUUAUCAAGUGUGAACUUCAUUUCAACAGAGAUGUAAGAGCCGCUCGUGUUGUAAAGGGUCGUAUUGAGAAGACCACUCUUGGCGAUAUUGCCAUGUACAUGGAAGAAGUCUAUGAGCCAAAUGAGUCUUACAUCUUGUUACGUAUCGAUUUGGAUGCUAUCAAUAGACUUCAAUUAGAGACUAACCUUCAUCAAAUUGCACAUGCAAUCAAGACGGCUACUAAAUUGAAAAUGGGUCAACUGGAUGUUCAAACCAGUAGACCUGAUAUCAUUCGUGUCUACGUGCAUGCUAAGCAAGAUGAAUCAAUGUACUACAGCUUGAAGGCCCUCAAACGUGUUGUAGCAAGUGUUGUUAUUACAGGUUUACCUUCUGUUGUUCGUGCAGUUAUCAGUGAAAAGGAAGGUGGUAAAGGAGCUAAACAACUUUUGGUCGAAGGCUACGGUUUACUUGAAGUUAUGACAACCGAUGGUAUUGUUGGUAGUGAAACUACAUCAAAUCACAUCAUGGAGGUUGCCCAAGUACUUGGUAUCGAAGCUGCAAGAAACACUAUUAUUAACGAACUUACAAACGUUAUGUCUUCUCACGGUAUGACCAUCGAUCAUCGUCACGUCUUCUUAUUAGGUGACAUUAUGACAAGUAAGGGUGAAGUUUUGGGUAUCACGCGUUUCGGUAUUUCAAAAAUGAAGGAUAGUGUUCUCAGUAUUGCGUCUUUUGAAAAGACUACCGAUCAUUUGUUUGAAGCCGCCUUAUACAGUAAAAAGGAUGCGAUCGUUGGUGUGUCCGAACAAAUUAUUAUGGGUAUUCCAAUGUCUAUCGGUACCGGUUUGUUUAAGUUGAUUCAUAAAUCAAUGAAGGCUUCUAUUCCUUCCCCAAGACCACUUCUUUUUGACAUUUAAUAAUUUUCAAUUUUUACUUUUAUACACUAUUCUUUUUUAUCAAUUCAUGCAAAAAUAACCAAAAAAAAAAUUAUAAUCCGCUGUUUUGCUCUAUACAUAAAUCCCUCGCAAAUAAAUACAUCAGCUCAUCAAAUAC